GUGGCCGGUAACCAUGGAGAUCUCCAUUUCUGAGCUGUUGGCCGCUGGAGAGGUACUCCUCAAGCGGAAGGGACCCCCGCUGUCCCCUGUGGAUGUCGUGCGGAUCUAUGCCGUGUUGGAGGACUGCAUCGACCAGCUGGCCAUCCUUGGACACAUCAUGCCCAUCUCGCACGAGGCCAAGAGAGACACCUUUAGCAUCGACGGCGAACACAUCAAUGAGAUUCUCAGCAGCCAGAAGGACCUGGGUGCCAAAUACCAGCAGCUGAUGGAUUCCCGGGCAGAGAGCCAGGCGAAGAUCCCCGUUGAGCUCGGCAAGAUCUCUGAACUCAGCCGUCAGCUGCAGGAGACGAGCAACGAACUGAAGAGAGCCAACCAGCUUUUCAACGCGUCUGCGAAGCAAAUGACGCUGCCCAUGGACCACCUCAAGAAGGUCCAGGAAAACAGGCAAUACGUAUGCGACAUAAUUGAAGAGACGAUGGAUGAGCUGCUGACGCUGGGGACGUUCCAGACCCUGCUGAGAGCUGUCAACGCCGAGAAGCAGAAGAAGAUCCAGCUACAGGACAUCGUCCUCAGAGAAGAGCUGGGGAGAAAGAAAAUCAAGGCUCUCCAAAAACAGAUCAAUGACGUCAAGAAAGAAAAGGAGUUUGAACUCCAGAACCGGGACGAGAUGAUCGCGUACCUCAAGGACCAGCUCCAGGAGAUGAAGGCGAAGACGGACAUGGAGAACCGGUAUGUCAAGAAGGACGCGGAGCUGCAGAUGGAGCAGACGCAGAAGAAGUGCGGCGACGCUGAGAACGACCUGCAGAACGAAGCGGAGAGGCUGAGGAAUCAAACCGACGAAGAGAUCAGAGUCCACCAGGACACGGAGAAUUUCCUCAAGCAUCAGCUGAUG